AUGACGAGUAUCCCGUCGUCGUCGCAACUCAAAACGUCCUCCAGCCCAGACGGCCCAGACACGGUGAGCGCGACCCCUGCCACAGCGGAGCCGCCAGUCCGGCCCACGAGGAAGCAGGUCUCGCGGGCAUGCGACUGGGCGCGAGGGGCCGAUUGCACCCACAAGGGGACUGAUGAGCCUCGGACGCUGCCGCAGGCGAUGAGGGAGAUUGAGAAGCUCAAGCUCAAAGUCAAGGAGCAGCAGGCGGAGAUUGCCGGGUUGAAGCUCAAGGAGCAGCAAGCCAUGAUACCCACGCCGACAGAGACGUCCACCACGUCGGCGUCCCCCACGGCGUCCAGUCGGCACAACUCACACAACAGCCAGCAGCAGGGCACGCCCUCCUUCACCCUCAAGCCCAAACCGCAGUGGGAGGGCAUCUGGCUGGCGACGUCGCGGUCCGACCAGACGUCCUACUAUGGGCCCUCGUCUCACUUUUACUUUGUCAGUCGCAUCGGCACGUACCUCAACAAGGCUCUGCAGCAGCCAUGCGCGGCGGGCUGCAUGCAGCCGCAAGAGGCGAGGAAGAACAUUGCCAUGACGAACCCUGCCGAGGCGGAAGAGGCCCCGGCCGAGGAGGGGGAGCCACACUCGCCCGGGACGGAUGGGAGGAAGAAUCCCUCCAUGUCGCGGAUGCAGGAGGAGUACUUUCUCAGUCUCUUCUGGGAAUCGUACCACUGCUUCGCGCCGGUGGUGGACGAGGCCGACUUUAGGCGCCACUACGCGUCACUGUGGGAGCCGAGAAGACCGUACCGGAAGAUGUCGCCCCUGGUGGACAUUGUGCUGGCCGUCUGUCUGCAGUUUGGAUACUCGUUCAUGCCCAAGGCGACGACGGGGAGCUCCUCGUCGGACGACGCGACCAUGGCGGGUCGGUGGUACUACAGGCGCUGCCAGUCGCUGCUGACGGCGGAUCUCGAGAGUCCGACGCUCAACACGGUGCAGUGCCUCAUCUUCUCCAUUGCCUAUCUCUGCUGCGCGUCGUUCCACAACAUGGCGCACCUGGCGGAGACGCAGGCCAUCCGGACCGCGCAGAUCAUAGGCCUCCACCACGACCCCGCCGCCGACAUGUCGCGUCCGGAAAAGGAGCUUCGACGACGUGUGUGGUGGAUCUUGUGGAUGAUGGAGGCCAAGACGGCGGCCAAGCUCGGUCGCCCCGUGGGCAUGGACCGGUCAGAAGUGUCGACGCUGAUGCCGUCUGACGAUAUCGAGGCGGCGUCGGCCAACGGCGCUCUGCUGGGGUCGUUUGGCAACGUCACCUGGCUCAGCUACAACCUACAGCUCACCAAGCUCAUCGACGUGAGCUUCAGUGUCCACACGGCGCUGUACGACCGCUGCGGCGAGGCUAUUGCCAGCAGUCCCGCCGGAUCCCUGUACAAGGACCCCCAGGCACUCGAGUCGUGCGCAGAGCUUCUCGCCACGCGCAUCCCGGUCAUCACGGCCUGGGCGGACGCCGUGCCCAGCAGCCUCAAGAUGUGCCGGCGCUACUCUGGCGAGGCCUUCUCCGUGGACCGGACGCCCCUGAACAUCGACUUCACGGCGCCCAUGUGGCUCCAGCGGCAGCGCAUCUGCCUCGAGCUCAUGUACCACACGCAGAUCCUCAAUCUGUCACGGCCGUUUAUCACCUUUUACUCCAACUCGACAACCUACACACCCAUCGCGGAGCGACACGCGGCCGCCUGCGUGUCCCACGCCAUUGCGCACACGCUCGUCAUGCACCAGGUCGUCACCGAGACCGACCUCAUGGGGGGCUGGUCCGAGUUCUUCUUCUGGCAGUGGAACGCGGCCAUUACGAUCAGCGGCUUCAUCCUGGCGUACCCCAUCCACCCGUCGACGCCCAACGCCCGGCUGGCCCUGGAGAAGGGCGUGGCCAUCUUUGACAUUUUCGGCGCCAACUUUGCCGUGGCCGCCGACGCGGCCAAGAUUAUCCGCGACCUCAUGGGCAAAGCGGACCUCCUCACCGGCCGUCUGCGGUACGGCAUCACGAGCGGCGCGCCGCAGGAGAUGCCACCCAACGCGUCGUCGUCGUCAAUGACGACGACGGGGGCGGCGGCGCCCGUCCCUGGGCCGAAUGGGCUGGACGUCACGGGAGGAACAGCCAUUGAUCCCGCCAUGGACGACGGGCUUGGCUGGCUGGACCCGAGUGAGCAGAGCGAUCCCAAUUAUUUUAGCGAGUUUAUGGACUGGGCGUUGUCGGUGGAUCAGUUCAACAGCUUCGAGAGGUUCUUUGAUGCGAGCAACCCUGCGGACCCGUUCUUGUUUGGGCAGCAAAUGCCGCCGCCGCCACCGCAGCAGUAG